CUUUUACUAAAAUGUCCUCAAUCACCCUUCCCACAAAGCGUCGUAGCAGGUGAACCACCUUCCAUUUACACGAAAAUCACCCUUCCGUCGUAGGAUUGUAAAAAGUAGCAAGCGCCGAUCUGCUUCGACGCGCCGCUCUAUUUCGCCGCCGUCACUCAUUGAGGUUGCCGAUACCAUUCUGCCCAAGUCUCUUUGUCGUUGUUCUCGCCAAUAGCCAUGAAGGUGCGAUCAUCAGUGAAGAAAAUGUGUGAGUUCUGCCGUACAGUCAAACGACGUGGGCGAGUAUAUAUCAUAUGCUCAGCUAGUCCUAAACACAAGCAACGACAGGGCUUAUGGUCAUUUGCAUAUGAUGGAUCAGUGCCUAGCACGUCUUUAGUGUCAAGUACGAAUCAGGAGAUGUCAUCCAGCAACAGCAUCACCAGUGGUCUGCCUUCCCUUAUAUCCAAAAAUAUUGAAGUAUCAGUUACACCAUGGUGGAGAAGAGGUCUAGCUUCUAUUCUGCUCAAUCAGGAGGGCGUUAAGCAGUAGGAAAGACAGCACAAGAAAUGUUUUCUGGUUUCUGAAUGUAUGUGUUUCCAUUCUAUCAACUUGCGGUUCAUGCUGUUUUCCUUGUGAACUUGGAUUGUCCAGCUAUUUUAGUUGGUGAUUUAUUUCUGUCGGACGUAACUAUGUUUUUAUCUUCCCCUUCUUUGAGUGAUUGAUUUACAGUUAGGGAAACAUGGAAGAGUGAGUAUAAAUUAGCAUGUUUGGACGUGCUUCUGGACAUGCUUAAAACUCUUUU